UUUUGAGGAGGCGGAGUUCUGUCCUUCACCGGCAGGAGAGCAGUGGGACGUUUGGUGGCGACAGCAGCCGCCAGGCGCAGCCCUGCCUUGGGCGCGGGCUUUACAUUCCUGGCUGACCAAAGUGACCUCAAAAAGGAGGGAAAAUGGCUUCUGAAUCUGAAACCCUGAAUCCCAGUGCUCGGAUAAUGACCUUUUAUCCCACCAUGGAGGAGUUCCGGAACUUCAGUCGAUAUAUUGCCUACAUUGAAUCCCAGGGAGCUCAUCGGGCUGGGCUGGCCAAGGUUGUUCCCCCAAAAGAGUGGAAGCCACGAGUAUCCUAUGAUGACAUUGAUGAUCUGGUCAUUCCUGCUCCCAUCCAACAGCUGGUGACUGGGCAGUCUGGCCUCUUUACUCAAUACAACAUACAAAAGAAAGCCAUGACUGUUCGAGAGUUCCGCAAAAUAGCCAACAGUGAUAAGUACUGUACCCCACGCUAUAAUGAGUUUGAAGAACUUGAACGGAAAUACUGGAAAAACCUCACAUUCAAUCCGCCAAUCUAUGGUGCUGAUGUGAAUGGCACCCUCUAUGAAAAGCAUGUUGAUGAGUGGAAUAUUGGCCGGCUGAAAACAAUCCUGGAUUUGGUGGAAAAGGAGAGUGGGAUCACCAUUGAGGGUGUGAACACCCCAUACCUGUACUUCGGCAUGUGGAAGACAUCCUUUGCUUGGCAUACUGAGGACAUGGACCUGUACAGCAUUAAUUACCUGCACUUUGGAGAACCAAAGUCCUGGUACUCCGUUCCCCCUGAGCAUGGAAAGCGGUUGGAGCGCCUUGCCAAAGGCUUUUUUCCAGGAAGUGCUCAAAGCUGCGAGGCUUUUCUCCGCCAUAAGAUGACCCUGAUUUCCCCUUUAAUGUUGAAGAAAUACGGAAUUCCCUUUGACAAGGUGACUCAAGAAGCGGGAGAGUUUAUGAUCACUUUCCCUUAUGGUUACCAUGCCGGCUUUAACCAUGGCUUCAAUUGUGCGGAGUCUACCAAUUUUGCCACCCGGCGAUGGAUUGAGUAUGGCAAACAAGCUGUGCUGUGCUCCUGUAGAAAGGACAUGGUGAAGAUCUCCAUGGAUGUGUUUGUGAGGAAGUUCCAGCCAGAAAGGUACAAACUUUGGAAAGCUGGAAAGGACAGCACAGUUAUUGACCAUACUCUGCCCACGCCGGAAGCUGCUGAGUUUCUGAAGGAGAGCGAACUGCUCCCAAGAGCCAAGAGUGAGGAGGCAUGCCCAGAGGAGGGUGACAUGGAAGGGGCUGAGGACGGAGAGGAGGGCGACCUGAGGAGAAGUCUAGCCAAGCACCGCAUAGGGACAAAGAGGCACCGAGUUUGUCUUGAAAUACCGCAGGAGGUGAGUCAGAGUGAGCUCUUCCCCAAGGAGGAGCUGAGUCCCGGACAGUAUGAUAUGACGGAGUGCCAGGCUGCCCUUGCUCCUGUGAGGCCCACCCAUAGCUCUGUGCGGCAAGUCGAGGACGGUCUUACCUUCCCAGAAGUGCAGGAAGAAGUUGGCUCUGUCCAAUGUGUAUGUGUUUCAGAUUAUUCUGACUCUACUGAAGUCAAAUUUGAAGAGCUUAAAAACGUCAAACUAGAAGAGGAGGAGGAGGAGGAGGAGGAGGAGGAACAAGAAGUGGCUGCCUUGGAUCUUUCUGUGAAUCCUGCUUCUUUAGGGGAACGCCUUGUCUUCUCGGGUUCCAAAAAGAAGUCGUCAUGUAGCCUGGGCUCCAGUUCUUCACAGGAUUCUGUUUCUUCUGAUUCAGAAACUAGUGAGCCUCUAUCCUGCCGAGCCCAAGGGCAAAUGGGAGUUCUCACUGUGCACAGCUAUGCCAAAGGGGACAACAGGGUCGCCAUGGGAGAGCCAUGCCUGAGGAAGAAAGGGGGCGCCACCGGAAGUGUCAGCGAGCGGGAGCUGGCCGAGAUUGCAGAUGAGUACAUGUUUUCCCUGGAGGAGAAUAAGAAGUCUAAGGGCCGUCGUCAGCCCUUAAGCAAGCUCCCCCGCCAUCACCCACUUGUGCUGCAGGACUGUGUCAGUGACGAUGAGACAUCUGAGCAGCCGACUCCUGAGGAGGAGGCUGAGGAGACAGAGGCCUGGGCCAAGCCCCUGAGCCAGCUGUGGCAGAACCGACCCCCGAACUUUGAGGCCGAGAAGGAAUUCAAUGAGACCAUGGCCCAGCAGGCCCCUCACUGUGCCGUCUGUAUGAUCUUUCAGACUUAUCAUCAGGUUGAGUUUGGAGGCCUUAGUCAGAGCUGUGGAAAUGCUGCAGAUUUAGCCCCCCAGAAGCAGAGGACCAAGCCACUGAUUCCAGAAAUGUGCUUUACCUCAACUGGCUGCAGUACGGACAUCAACCUUUCUACCCCUUACCUUGAGGAGGAUGGCACCAGCAUUCUGGUUUCCUGCAAAAAGUGCAGUGUUCGGGUCCACGCCAGUUGCUAUGGGGUCCCCCCUGCAAAGGCUUCUGAAGACUGGAUGUGUUCUAGGUGUUUGGCCAAUGCCCUGGAGGAGGACUGCUGUUUAUGCUCAUUACGAGGAGGAGCCCUACAGAGAGCAAAUGACGACAGGUGGGUCCACGUCUCAUGUGCUGUGGCAAUUCUGGAAGCAAGGUUUGUCAACAUUGCAGAAAGAAGUCCAGUGGAUGUGAGCAAAAUCCCCCUGCCCCGCUUCAAACUGAAAUGUGUUUUCUGCAAGAAGCGGAGGAAAAGAAAUGCUGGCUGCUGUGUGCAGUGUUCCCAUGGCCGUUGCCCAACUGCCUUCCAUGUGAGCUGUGCCCAGGCUGCUGGCGUGAUGAUGCAGCCAGACGACUGGCCCUUCGUCGUCUUCAUCACCUGCUUCAGGCACAAGAUUCCCAACUUGGAGCGUGCCAAGGGCGCCUUGCAGAGCAUCACUGCAGGGCAGAAGGUCAUCAGCAAGCACAAGAAUGGGCGCUUUUAUCAGUGUGAGGUGGUCAGGCUCACCACUGAGACCUUCUAUGAAGUCAACUUUGAUGAUGGCUCCUUCAGUGACAAUCUCUACCCUGAAGACAUAGUGAGUCAGGACUGUCUCCAGUUGGGUCCUCCUGCUGAAGGGGAAGUGGUCCAAGUGAGAUGGACAGAUGGCCAAGUCUAUGGAGCCAAGUUUGUGGCUUCCCACCCCAUCCAGAUGUACCAGGUGGAGUUUGAGGAUGGCUCACAGCUUGUGGUUAAGAGAGACGAUGUGUACACGCUGGAUGAAGAGCUUCCCAAGAGAGUCAAGUCUAGACUGUCAGUAGCCUCAGACAUGCGCUUCAACGAGAUUUUUACGGAGAAAGAGGUUAAACAGGAAAAGAAACGGCAACGAGUCAUCAACUCAAGAUACCGGGAAGAUUACAUUGAGCCUGCAUUAUACCGGGCCAUCAUGGAAUAGGUGCUUCCAGGGGCCAAGAGAUUUCCAGCCAUCAAGGCGAGAGCAUCCUGGGGUUCCACAGCACAGCAGACACUUGGAACUCUGAAGUCUCUAAAAGUGAAGUUGUAAAAUGAAAGGAGUGAAAUAACCAGCCCCGUCAUCAUCUUACCCCACCCUCAUCAGGUCGCUGUAGUGAAUGGACAACUGUUCUUGGACACGUGGCAGCAGCUGCUGAUCUCACAGCUGAGGGGCUGAGCACUGGAAUGCUGUGGCUGCAUUGGCCCCAGUCUGUAAUGGGAUCAGCUGUGCUGGCUGGGUUGGUUGCCCUGUUCCUCGCCUAGGACUUAGCUUCCUAAUGAUCACCUGCACCAACUAGGCAGAGGUGCUGGUGCUUACCCCCACCCACCUUUUGUAUUUAUGUGUGUGUGUGUGUGUGUGUGUGUAUGUGUGUGGUGUGUGUGUGUGUACACGGACCAGCUUCUGCCAGCCCCAGGCCUUUACUUCUUUCUUUGCCUAUCCAGGGCAAACAAAAUGUGAAAUUCUGCCCUCAGCUGAGCUGAAUAAGGGCCCCUAAGGGAUGGCUGGAAAUGGAUGUGACAUGUCUGUCCCUGAAACUGCCUCAAGGGAGUGCUGACAAAGUUGCAGUGUUGAGAUGCCGAGGAGUUAAUGCCACCUCUUCAUCUCUCUUGAAGAAGAUAGGGGUACCGUGGGUGUGUGCUCACAUCACUCUAGGCACAGAGCCCCUUGUGGCACAGUAUUAGAGGGUGUGGGUGAGGGAAUACCCUGAAGAGCGACUUUAAUGAUGGAAGCAGGCAGAGCCUGGUAGGUGAUUCUGUCAACAGAAAAUUGCAAUCAUGCAGGGGCUGGGUGGGUUAAGAUGAAUUGGGGCCACUGGAGACCAGGGGCAGGUUUAGAUGUGCCCUGGUCUGAGGGUGGGAGGGUGCUGAUUUGGGAGGGGGUGGGAAUGGAGGGCAACACUGAAGGGGUUAGCAGGUUUUUGCUCCUCAUGAAUUUGCCUGGGCCCAGGAUUGGAGGGCUUCACACCUAUACCCUGUGUAUACAAGAAUCAGAUUUAUAAUACUUCCCUUUUUUUUUUGUUACGUAUGAACGCUAUAAACCAAAUUAUUUUGAAAA